AUGGGAAGCACAAGUCGCGGGGUACUCGAUGCCAGCUGGCAACAAUGAAUGCUAAAACUUUUAUAUUUUCAAUUUGGCUCCGACUCUGACUGGAACACUUGUUUUGAUUUGCUGAAUUAGAAAACAAACUCAAAUUAUUAAUUGUCUUUCUAUACAAAUGAAAAUUUCUCAAAUGCUUUUUAAUAGUUCAAUUAUAGGAAUCAUAAAUGUUUACAGCUGUGGUUAUGUUUUAUAGUAAUUACUGUGUUACAAAUUAUUUUCCAGUUGCGUCUAAGUAUUAACCAAGAUGAUGUUCAGAUUUACGGAAAAGUAAAAUGCAGACAUGGAGCAUAUGUUUCAAGCAUUUACUUCUACUUCCACUGUUCCACCGGAAUCUAAACUCCAAACUUACUUAAGUUCUAUGCCAGUAGAAGAUGGAGCGUCCUAUUAUCCAGAUGCUGCUGGUGGAAAUGAAGCUAUUGAUUUAAGUGGAAAGGAGUUUGGAAAUGGCCUACUUAAUCGCAUGCCGCACAGCCUGAGCUCUCCUUCGUUUUCCCAGUUCUCUAUGCAGUCUCCUCAGUUAGUUAGUACACCUUUUGGACAUUUUGGCAUAGCAGCUGACAUGAAUAGUCGCUUGUCCAGAUGCUCUCCGCAGCAAUCCCCACUUCUCAGUAAAAGAACUUGCUCUCCAGGUCCAUCUUCUGUUGCCAGCCCUUCCCAUGAGCAAUACAUGACUCCAACAAGCUCCAACUUGAUUCAAGAGUCUGUAGGAGGCACGACUUAUUUUUACUCUCAAGAAGAGACUUCAGAUAUAUCGCCACUUAUUUUACCUGAUAUGCAUCUUUAUCCUGGAAAUCCAUCCCACAUAGAGCACAUGCGAUUAAAAGCAAACGCUCCCUCAUUCUUCCUGCCUGAUGAACUACGAAUGGAUAUUUUGCAUCGUCAUCAGCUUACUCUUGCUGAAGCCAACCCUGAGCAACAUACAGAUCUUCCUGCUGAAGUAGAUGCUUACCACAAAUUAUGCCCUCUUGAACCACCCAUUGGUGACAGCCCUAUAAAAUCUUCCACUUUUGGAUAUGUUACAUCAGUGUAUAAGGCGGCUCAUAUUAAAACUGGAGUUUAUUACUGUAUGAGACGAAUUCAUGGUUUCAGAGUUUCAAAUACAAAAUGUAUCUCCAUAAUCGAAACUUGGAAAAAACUUCAACAUUCAAACUUAGUGCAUCUGAGAGAAGUUUUUACUACCAAAGCAUUUGGAGACAAUUCUAUGAUCUUUGUCCAUGACUACCAUCCAGGUGCUGAUACCUUGAUGAAUCUUUAUUUUAACCAACCAUCAUCUCAAGUGUUGAAUGGUUAUUUGCCUAAUUUCUGCCCUGCUGAAGUAGAAGGAUCUUCAAAACCUGUUUUGAACAACCUGAGACAGCAUGCAGGUUUGCUUCCUGAGAGUUUAAUUUGGGGAUACAUUGUUCAACUGAGUUCAGUCUUAAGAAGUAUACAUGCUGCUGGAUUAGCGUGUAGGGCGUUUGAUCCUUCUAAAAUCCUUGUCACUGGAAAAUCUCGAUUGAGACUCAAUUGCUGUGGUAUUUUUGAUGUUUUAACGUAUGACUCCAAUCAACAGCACAAUCUUAAGCAAGUUGUGUCAAAUUUUCAGCAAGAAGACUUAAUGGCAUUUGGCAAAAUAGUUUUAGCUCUUGCUUGUAACACUUUGAAUGCCUUCAAAAGAAAUACUCUAACCAGUUCUCUUGAGUUGGUGUCUAGGAAUUAUUCAGCGGAUCUGAGAAACUUAAUACUGUACCUUCUUCAUAAUCAAGCACGUCCUCGAAGCAUAAAUGAUAUUAUGCCAAUGAUUGGUGCUAGAUUUUACACUCAAUUAGAUGCAGCUCAGAUGCGUAGUGAUGUUAUAGAAAAUGAACUAUCUAAAGAAGUUCAAAAUGGAAGAUUGUUUCGCAUACUUGUAAAAUUGGGAACCAUCACAGAAAGAGCAGAACUUAAUAUGGACCAUUCCUGGGCAGAAACAGGUGAUCGCUACCUGCUCAAACUUUUUCGAGAUUAUCUGUUUCACCAAGUGACUGAAGAUGGAAGACCAUGGGUUGAUUCAGCACAUGUAAUACAGUGUCUCAACAAGUUGGAUGCAGGAGUUUCUGAUAAGAUCUGUUUGAUGGGAAGAGAUGAACAGAAUGUGUUGGUGGUGACUUAUGCUGAGUUGAAGGCGUGUUUCGAGUCUUCUUUUGGAGAAAUACUGAAUGCUGCAGCCCCCAAGCAUUCUUCUUCUUAGCUGUGUAUAUAUAAAAUGGUGAUUUUUUUUUGUGUUCCUACCCCCUUUUCUUCUCAUUAGAAAUGUGUACAUAAAAGACAUGAGUACUUACAAACACUAUAUCUGCAUUGUUCAGAUAUGUUUUUAUUCUGAUGUUAAAAUUUAUUUUUUCAUAUUUUGUAAAGAUGUGAUGUUUACAUUGAAUACUCAAAAGACUUUUAUUUCUCCCCUUCCUUUUUCUUUUCUUCUUUUUUAUUUUAUUGAAAAAUUUUAUAAGAGUUUUUGAUAAGAAACUUUUUAAUGAUAUAAUUCACGAGUAAAUGAUGAAACCCUGCCAAGACAGAAUGAUAUCUUUGGAUAAAGGCCUUCUAUUUAUUGCGUUAAGAAUGUCCCAGUAUUACUUCUGGAUGCGGAACUCUACAAAAUAGUUUCCUAAUUAAUCUGCCCCCCCACCCCCGAGGAAUAGCUUUGCGUAUGUAGAAUAAAUUUUUCACCUCUGUAAAAUGCCUUCGUUUUUAUUUCAGUUGACUAAAGUUAUUUAAAAUUGAGCAACAACUUUGAAAAUAUACCAUUUAGGAAAGAUUUCUAAUUCAAAAUGGAAUGGUGGCAUUUUUAGGGGUUAAACAUUUUUUCUGAAGUUGUACAAAAAAUCUCCUUCAUUUCUUGUAGAAAAAAUAUAAAAUGUGUACAGCCUGUUUCAGUGCUGUAAUGACUCUUCUAGGUAUAUUUGAAGUACCUCAAGAGUAUUCAUAAAACAAUGGUCUCUGCAGAAAACAAUUUUAUUUUAAUUAAAAUUACUCUAGAUGUAUUUUUAUAAGUAAAAGCAAUAUUUAUUAGCAACUAUUUAAAUGUCAGAUUUUUAAAAUGAAGUUUUUCAAUCUUUUUAAUAAGUUUAACCAAUCAGCACCUUAAUUUUUUACAUUGCUGUGAUGAUAUAUGAAAAAGUGUAUUUGCUGUUUAAUUUAAAAAAAAAGAAAAAAAUCCCUCUCUGAUGUCCAAAUCACACCUGAAAUUUGAUCUUCUCUCAUGAGCCAUGGAUUUGAAAUUAAAUAUAGUUAUUUUAGUUUUUUUUGGGGGGAUUGUUUGUGGUUUUACAUUAAAUCCAUUUCAAUUGUUUGUUUAAAAUGCUGAGGUACCAACUAGUACAACUAUGCACUCAAGGUAACUAUGUUAUGAUUGUGUAAUAACAGUUAUGGUUUGUAAUAAUCUGUUAAGAAUAAGUUGUUUUUUUUUCCUCUUAGCUACCAACAGUUAGGAAAUUCUGUUGUUUACGGCAAAUAUUUAAAAAAAAGUAACACUUAAAUGUUAAUUUUUUAUAAUUAAGAGUAAAUUAAGGCAUAAUAUUAUAAAUUUAGGUAUAUACCUAUAUCGAAUCAUG